AUGGUUAGUGAAACUCGAAGAAAACGGGAGGUUUCUGCCGAAUCGACAAAAAUCAAAUCGAAGAUGACAGAACUUCCUGUUCUUGACUGUGCAGAUAUUUUGAUUGGCUCCGCUUUCGACCAUUGGGGAAAAGUUGAGGAUUACUUUGCGUUUCCUGGAAGUCUCCCAGAGACUGACAAUAAUUUCAGAGGACACCAGAGUAUGACCGGAGCAAUCGCCUACUCUGAAAAUGGCGUCACUACAAUGGUAGUUCGUCGAAAACUCAUGGCAACCGAACUGGUGGACAGUUCCAUCACCGAUGAGCCUAUGAUAUUAUUUUGGCUGAAAGGUCCUCUGAACACCACAGAAAACGUCACCCCUCAGUGGGGAGCACUGACUGUCAACUUCUUCGAGCAGAAACAUGAAUCAUCCAAGAAGUUGUGUCGGAACGAAUUUGUCGUUCCCAAAAGAUGUUCUGCAGAAAUGUGCAAAUACAACAUGACGUGGAUUCGGCAUGAGAACAAUGUGCAAUUUAUUCUCGACGUUCCACUACAGCCGAAUCAAUGGACUGGAGUCGGCUUUUCGAAAACGGGUGAAAUGCCUGGCAGCGAUGCAGUGAUCGUUGUUCUAAAAGACGACGGCCGAAUAGAGGUUACGGAUCAGUUCCUUGCUGGAAGGACGUCGCCGGUUGUCGACAGGAUCCAGAACAUAUUCAACAUCUAUUCGCAGUACAGUAACGGCAGAGUCACAGCCAGCUUUUUUCGCAGCCUCAAAACUGACGAUGUAUCCCAAGACCUCGAUCUUACAAACUGCGUCUAUCUACUGUAUCCUGAGAAAGGAGGCCCUCUCGAUUUGAUGGGUGAUCCGAAGAUGCAUUACUCGCUCCCGCUUCACUCAGAGAAACCUGUGUGCUUCAAUGAGUGUCGCACGGACCUACCGAUCAAGAAGCCAAGUCACAAAGUGACAGCUGAAAGGAUUCAAAAGCCGUUUUCGUCUUACCUGAUGACAUUUCGUAUACUGAAUCGAAAUUUGACCGAGCGAGCUCUUGGUCAAAGUCUACAUGAGGAAAUAGAAAACGCGGUCGACUCUGUGAUGAAACAGAAACUUUCUGGUUAUUCUGAGGCAAAGAUCUCAAAACUGUGGUAA